CUGAGCCCGGAGCGCCGUGGCGGCUAUCGGCGCCCUAGUCCGCGGAAUGACCCGCCCGCGGCUCGCCGCGUCCGCCGCCCACGACCCCUAGGACACCGGACACCACCCGCCCUCGGCUCAGCCCCGCCGGCGCAGACCCGGUCCGCCAAGCCCAGCGUCUCUGGUCCGUUCUCAGGGCAGCCCGCCUGAGGUUUUGCAGAUACUGAGGUAAAUUUGGAAUUGUUCCACACCAUGGAAAUGGAAACCACCGAACCUGAGCCAGACUGUGUAGUACAGCCUCCCUCUCCUCCUGAUGACUUCUCAUGCCAAAUGAGAAUCUCUGAGAAGAUCACUCCAUUGAAAACUUGUUUUAAGAAAAAACAGGAUCAAAAGAGAUUAGGAACUGGAACCCUGAGGUCAUUGAGGCCAAUAUUAAAUACCUUGCUAGAAUCUGGCUCUCUUGAUGGAGUUUUCAGAGCUAGAGACCAAAAUGCAGAUGAAAGCACCUUACAUGAACGGAUGGUGAAAAAGCCCCUGGAAAUCAACCCUUCAUGUUCACCGGCAGAAAACAGUAUGUCCGUCCUGAUUCCUGACGGGACAAAUGUUGAGGGCCAAUUACCAGAAGCUCAUCCUUCUGCUGAUGCUCCAGAGCAGGUGGUUCCAAUCCAGGAUCACAGUUUUCCACCAGAAACCAUCAGUGGGACAGUGGCAGAUUCUACCCCAGGACACUUCCAAACUGACCUUUUGCAUCCUGUUUCGGGUGAUGUUCCCACUAGUCCUGACUGCAUAGAUAAAGUGAUGGAUUUUGUUCCAGGAACUUUCCAAGACAAUAGUUGUACAAUCCAGUACAUUUUGGAUACCAGUGAUAACUUGAGUACUGAGCUCUUCCAAGACAAAAGUGAGGAAGCUUCCCUUGACCUUGUGUUUGAGCUAGUAAACCAGCUACAGUACCACACUCACCAAGAGAACGGAAUUGAAAUCUGUACAGACUUUCUGCAAGGCAUUUGUAUUUAUGGCAGGGAUUGUUUGAAACAUCACACCAGAUUGCCCUAUCAUUGGCAGAUCAGAAGGACAACUACUCAGAAGUGGCAGAGUGUUUCCAAUGAUUCUCAGGAGCACUUGGAAAGAUUUUAUUGUAACCCAGAAAAUGAUAGAAUGAGAAUGAAGUAUGGAGGACAAGACUUUUGGGCAGAUUUGAAUGCUAUGACUGUAUUUGAAACAACUGAAUUUGACCAACUACGAAGGCUGUGCACACCACCCUGUAGGAAUACAAGUUCUAUUUACAACACAUUUUGGAAAUUCUUCUGUAGAGACCACUUUGGAUGGAGAGAGUAUCCUGAGUCUGUUGUUCGAUUAAUUGAAGAUGCCAACUCUCAGGGUCUGAAGGAAGUUAGAUUUAUGAUGUGGAACAACCACUACAUCCUUCACAACUCGUUCUUCCAGAGAGAAAUAAAGCGGAGACCCCUUUUCCGCUCCUGUUUCAUACUGGUCCCAUAUUUACAGACACUUGGUGGGGUUCCCACUCAGGCUUCUCUGCCUCUUGAAGCAACUUCGUCACAAAUCAUCUGCCCAGAUGGAGUAACUUCAGCAAACUUUUACCCUGAAACGUGGGUUUAUAUGCACCCAUCUCAGGACUUCAUCCAGGUGCCUGUUUCUGCAGAGGAUAAAAGUUACCGAAUCAUUUACAACCUUUUUCAUAAGACUGUACCUGAAUUUAAAUACAGAAUUUUACAAAUAUUGAGAGUCCAAAACCAGUUUCUUUGGGAGAAAUAUAAAAGGAAAAAAGAAUAUAUGAACAGAAAAAUGUUUGGCCGUGACCGAAUAAUAAAUGAGAGACACUUAUUUCACGGAACAUCCCAAGAUGUGGUGGAUGGGAUCUGCAAGCACAACUUUGACCCUCGCGUCUGUGGAAAGCAUGCUACAAUGUUUGGACAAGGCAGUUAUUUUGCAAAGAAGGCAAGCUACUCUCAUAACUUUUCUAAGAAGUCCUCCAAAGGAGUCCACUUCAUGUUUUUGGCCAAAGUGUUGACUGGCAGGUAUACAAUGGGCAGUCAUGGCAUGAGAAGGCCCCCUCCAGUCAAUCCUGGCUCUGUCACCAGUGACUUGUAUGACUCUUGUGUGGAUAAUUUCUUUGAGCCUCAGAUUUUUGUCAUUUUUAAUGAUGACCAGAGUUACCCUUAUUUUGUUAUCCAAUAUGAAGAAGUCAGUAACACUGUUUCCAUCUGAAGACCUUGGUACUACUAAGUUAUUGGAUAUGAACUCACUGUUUCCAUCUGAAAGCCUUGGUACUACUAAGUUAUUGGAUAUGAACUCAAGUUCAGCGUUUGUA